UUAAAAUAUUAACUCUGAGGCUCGUAACAAUUUAAGAUUAACGUUUCGAAUUCGUCGUUAUAGAUCUAAUAUUUAUUAUCAUGAAGCUCAUCGUCGUUGCUUUGGCCUUAGUUGUCCUGGUAGCUGCUCAGGACGAUAAGUAUACCACCAAGUAUGAUAGCAUCGAUGUGGAGGAAAUCCUCAAGUCGGACCGUCUCUUCACCAACUACUUCAAUUGCCUGAUGGAUGAGGGCGCCUGUACACCCGAAGGUAACGAAUUAAAGCGUGUUCUCCCGGAUUCGCUGGACAACGACUGCACUAAAUGCAGCGAGAAACAGAAGGAAACCAGUACCAAGGUUAUCAAAUUUCUAACUGAGAAUCGACCAGAGCAAUGGAAGCUGUUGAAGGCUAAGUACGACCCGGACAAUAAGUACGUCGAAAAGUAUGCUUCGAAUGCUGAUAAGGAUGGAAUCAAACUGUGAACGUGUUCCGGCAGACGUUUUGCUGGACAAAGCGAAUUGUGAUCCAAUAAUAUAGAUCGGAUGAUUGCAUG